UCCACUUUUUCUCCUUCCUCUCUUCAGUGUUUGCCUUUGCUUGUUUUUUUGGGGGUGCAAAACACAUGGCGAUCUCUUUGUGGAUAUCUCAAACUACUCCACCUCUUAUAUUUUGUAUACUUUUCUACCUUCCUUUGGCUUAUCCAAUUCACUUCAAAGUAACUAGAUUUGUUCCCAAUGAACCAAAUGUUCUAUAUUUGGGAGAUGCAAAACCCGAAGUUGGAACAGUUGAGUUCAACGAUGUUGACUAUCUCUGCCGUGUUGGCCAAGUUAUCUCAGCGAACAGAGUUCGAGUAUGGGAUGCUGCUACUAAAGAGCUCUCUGACUUUACAUCCCAUCUCACCUUCACCAUUGAUACACUUGACCGUAUUCGUUAUGCUGCCGGUCUUGCAUUCUUUCUUGCUCCUGUUGGAUUUCAGAUUCCACCAAACUCAGCUGGUGGUUUUCUAGGCCUAUUCAAUACCACCACCAGUGACUCUCCUUGGAACCAGAUUGUUCAUGUCGAAUUCGACUCUUUCUCGAACCCUGAGUGGGAUCCUCCUGUUGGGCAUGUGGGGAUCAACAGCAACUCAAUUUCUUCGGCUGUCUACACUCCUUGGAAUGCAAGCUUCCAUAACAGUGACAUUGCUGAUGUAUGGAUCAAAUACCAUGCUACUUCUCAAAAUCUAAGUGUCUCUUGGAGCUACCAAAAUACCACCAAUCCCAAAGAGAAAACUAGUCUUUCUUACAAAAUCGACCUGAUGAAGGUUCUUCCAGAGUGGGUCACCGUUGGUUUUUCAGCCGCCACCAGUCAUUUUGUAGAGCGGCAUGUACUUCUAUCAUGGGAAUUUACUUCAACAUUGAAUACUAAGGAAACACAUAAGCAUGAGAAAGAAAAGGAUAAGCUAGUACUGGUGGGUCUAACAGUGUCACUAGGUGUUCUAGUGGCAGGGCUAGUUAUAGCCUUUGUGUUCUUUUGGAAGCGAAAGCGGAAAAAUAGACAAGCAGAGAAGACGGUAAACUUAACAUCAAUGAAUGAUGAUCUUGAAAGAGGAGCAGGACCGAGAAGGUUUUCUUACACCGAUCUAGCUUCAGCAACAAACAACUUCUCGAAUGAUAGGAAGUUGGGUGAAGGAGGCUUUGGCACUGUCUACAAAGGAUACCUGAAAGAUCUAGAUGCAUUAGUGGCUGUGAAGAAAUUCUCAAGCGGGUCUAAGCAGGGGAAAAAAGAGUACAUAACAGAGGUGAAGGUCAUUAGCAGCUUGAGACAUCGAAAUCUGGUGCAACUCUUAGGUUGGUGCCAUGACAAAGGCAAUUUCCUCCUCGUCUACGAGUUCAUGCCAAAUGGCAGUCUUGAUUCCCACCUCUUUGGCAAGAGAAGUCCCCUCAAUUGGGCUUUGAGAUACAAGAUAUGUCUUGGAAUAGCCUCCGCAUUGCUGUAUCUUCAUGAAGAGUGGGAACAAUGCGUGGUGCACAGAGAUAUCAAAUCAAGCAAUGUGAUGCUAGAUUCGAGCUUCAAUGUCAAACUUGGAGACUUUGGAUUAGCACGACUAAUGGAUCACGAGCUCGGUCCCAAGACAACAGGGUUGGCUGGGACAUUAGGCUACUUGGCACCGGAAUAUAUAAGCACGAGAAGGGCAAGUAAAGAGGCAGAUGUGUAUAGCUUUGGAGUGGUUGCAUUAGAGAUUGCUAGUGGAAGGAAGUCAGCAAAUCUAAUGGAAGAGGAGUCAGAAAUGGGAUUGUUAGAGUGGGUUUGGGAUCUUUAUGGGAAAGGAAACCUUAUUUUGGGUGUGGAUGAGAGGCUGCAUAUGGAGUUUGAUCAGAGACAAAUAGAAUGUUUGAUGAUUGUGGGAUUGUGGUGUGCUUACCCUGAUCAAAAUCUGAGGCCAUCAAUUAGGCAAGCAAUUCAAGUGCUUAAUUUUGAAGCAGCACUGCCUGAGCUUCCAUCUAGAAUGCCUAUCCCUUUUUAUGAUGCGCCUACACUACCUGUCAGCUCUCCUCAACCUUUUGCAACACCAAUCCUUUGAAGCGGGUCGUUGAUUUGGAAAACCAUACUAGGAUUUUGUUUUUGUGGAGCAUACUUGUAAAUUAUUUACUUUUAUACAAGCACGCUAAUAAUAAAAUUUUGUAAAGCAUAAAUGUUGAAGCCCUUA